GACAUUUGACAUAAACAAAGAAAUAGAUAUAGAGUGACAAACGAGUCAGACAAAGAUCGUGCGAUACUUGAGGACGAUUUGUCGUUGUCAAUUGUCACUGUCAAAACAAUUUUUAUUAAUGGCGGCUGGUGGUUGACGAUGAGCAAUAAGCAACGUUGCUAACGUUAGCUGUAGGGUUGUUUUUCAUUUUUUGAGGUUUGGUUUGGUUAAAAUUUCUGAUUUCCACUCUGUUGGUUUAAUAUUUUAUCUAGUAUAAUAAGAAACCUUUUGUGUUCAUAUUUUAAAAAAAUGAACGGUACAAAACGUACAUCGUCAGGUAGACACAAAAUUGAUGGAAAAAUUCUAGAACCAGACGUUUCAAGUAUUCCUUUAAUUAAACAAUGUGAUAAUCCUAGGUUAUUGCCAAAAUAUACCUCAAUUUUGGCAAAAACUGGAGAAAAUACUGUUUCUAUGGAUGAUUUGGAUUUACUUCAACAGGACUUAGAAAAACUGCUUUCCACUAGUGCCGUUAGAAUUAGAUAUUUACUUGCAGAAAUCGGCGAAACUGACAAAAACGAUGAGAGUCAUGAUAAAAAAGCUGACGUUAAAACUUCGCUAAAACGAAAAAGGAUCAAGGGUAAACCUAAACAUAAGGAUUUUAAAGCUUUGCCUAAAUUCCGUGCCGAAAAAUGCCAUUCAGAUAAAUUUUGGGCUUCCAUAGAACCUUUAUGUGCUAACGUUACGAAAGAUGAUGUUGUUUUUCUAGACACCCUUAUUCAAGAAUAUUCCAAAGAAAUAGAUAUCAAAAUUCCCGAAAUAGGCGAACACUAUGCUAACAAUUGGUCCGACGAAAUCAUUAACGAAGAACAGCAUUUAGGAAAAGCCCAUAAGAAAUCUUCGUCAACAAAUGAUAUUAAGAAAAACGGUUUACACACAAUGGUUGAAACGUUCUCAAUGCCCCAAACACAAAGACUUCUAGCUGGUUUGAUAGAAGAAAGAGUGCUACAUAAUCAUCCAAAAAAUGGUGAAGUGACCAAAUCUAAUAAAGUCAAAGGAACAGACUAUGCAAAAAUGAAGUCGUCAUUAAAUAGUCAAAAGUUAGGCACAUGCUUAGAUAGAAGACUGAAAAAAGAACUGAUGGAACAGGGAAUUAUUACUCUGGAAGAUAUGUCAAAAAGUAUACCUGAUGAUGAAAUUUUAAGUGAAAUUAAAAAAUGCCAACAAGAAUUAACGACUGUUAAUGAUUACAACAUAGGUGAACUUAACAAACUGAAAGCUGUUGUUGAAAACGACUUCCACUCUAACGAACUAAAAGAGCAGCUGGAGAAAGUUGACAAGGAAGUGCUCGAUUUAUAUAAUAAAAUAAUCAUUGCCAGAAAGACUGCCCAAGAAGAGGAUGGAGAUGAAUUCGACGAAGCAAUAUUUUCAGAACAAAUAACUAAGGAAUUUGAAAAUCAAGCAGAUGCCUUAUUAAAGCAACAAAUUGAACUCAAUCAAAAAAUAAAUGGUUUAACCGAUAUGCAAAUGAUUUACUGUUGGUUAAAUUCUUUUUAAUUUGAUAAUACCAGAAUAAAUGAAUUACUUUUUCGAAUUAUCAGAGUUUGUAAAGCAAAUACUAGCCUUGAUCGUCUCCUCGAAAAAGGCUAUUAUCAUCAAACUGUAAAAAUUUUACUCAAAUUGCUAGAACUAUGAUAAUAAAUUUGUAAAUAGUUCCUAAUUAUAGAAACAAUUAAUAGGCAUAUGUACAAUUUCGAGCCACUUGGGGAUUAUGUUAAAAAAAAAUUUCAUAUCAUUAAGAACAAAUUUAUCUAAAUACUACUCGUAUGUAGUUUAAUGUAUUGUAUUUAUGCUUUCAUAUAAUACAUGUAAUUAAUAUUACUGAAGUACAAAAUAUCUCCUUAAUUAGAAAUUACCAAGAAAGAAUAAAAUAGACAUACAUAGUAAAACCACAUCAUUAAAUGUUACUUAUUAAUAAAUAUUUAGGCACAAUUUUAAAAUUAGACAAAUUUAUUUCCGUUUCAUUUCAUAAUUAACUCGUAAAAUUGAACUAAUUUUAUUGUAUAAAUAAAAAAAAUCGGUACUAAUUGUUGGCAUUCUGGAUUAUUAAAUUAACUAGAACAAUUUAUUUACCGAGACCAAUUUUGAGUAGAACCAUUGUUCAUUAGGGGGAUAAAGGCUGUCUUAAUAUGUUUAAGCAAUUCUAUUUAUUUUCGCAGAACAUUUUUGUAAUUUACUGUGUUCGCAGGGGUAAAAAAUAUUUUCUUUUUUUUUUGAUGAAAUAGUUUUUUUUGUAAUAAGAUGCCAUGGAUAAGCUUUUUACUUAUAUUAUUUACGUCGUUAAUAUUAUAUGUAAUAAGAGAUAUAUAAUACUUAAAAAACGAAUUAAUUGCUUUUUUUCGCCGAACGUAUUCUGCAUUUUUUCCAAUUAACCUUAAACUAGUCAAUGGCCUUAUAACGACGUAAAUAUCAUAGGUAAAAAAAUUAACCACAUUAGUUUAGUUACUUUUUGAUAAAAACUAAGUGAUACACUUGUGAGUAUGUAGAGAUAGACAAAACAGCCUUUAAUUUAGUUUUAAUAACCAUCAAGUUAUGUAUGUUUAGGAUGUGCAUAUUUCGAAUACUUUUAAGGCUGUUUGUCAAAUAAAAAACUAAUUAUAACUUUCGAGGGUUUAAUAAAUUACUUUUUUUAAUGGCAGUUUUUUUCUCAGACGAAUUGAACGUUCUCUUGGAAAGGAAGUUUAAAGGUAAGGCGAAAGUAAUACAAAGCCGAUCAAAAAAUAAAGAAUUUAUCAUAUGUACAUGUGAUUAAACUGUUAUUAAAAAUUGUUCGAUGGACAUAACGAAUAUUCAUAAAGUAAUAUUAUUUCCGAAAAAAUCUGAACCAAUAAACUUAAACGAAUUCUGAAAAAUUUGGCUCAAAUUUUUUAAAAUCUAUAUUCA